AUGAAGUACACAGUGUCAUGCAUUAACAAUAUGGAUAUGGCUGACAGCAGCUGUAAUAAUAGAUCCUUCACCAAUGAAUCAAACUAUGAUAAAACUAGACUCAUUAUAAAGAAUAUACCAAAAUAUAUGAAUGAAAUUGAUUUAAAAAAACAUUUUUUUAAAAUGAAAGGGAAUUCUGAGUUCAAAAUAACAGAUAUAAAAAUUAUGAAAAGAAAAAAAGUAGUAAAAAAUAAAGAACUGUUUGAGUCUAGAAAAAUAUGUUUUAUAGGUUUCAUUAAUAACAUUGAUUGUGAAAAUUUUAAAAAAUCAUUUAAUAACACGUACAUUAAUACAAGCAAAAUUAUCAUUGAAGAUGCCUUUUCUCCCAUCAUAUCAAAAAAUAUGCAGUAUAAUAAAAAUGCAACAUUAUAUGCACGGAACAAAUUGGGAGACACACAAAAAAUGAAAAAAGACAAAUCCAUAAAAAUUAUUAAAAAUGAAAAUUUUAUAAAUAAAAUGAUUCCUAUCCAGAAAACCAAGGCAGGCAUGAAUACCACCAGAAGUCACGUUAUAUUCUUAGACGAUCAAAUGAGCUCGGACAAAGUGGAUGCAUUGAUUGAUCCGGCGAAAGGUACGGGGGCCAAGAGGAAGGAAAAAAAGGAGAACAAAAGAGAGAAAAGCGAAAAUGGAGAGAAAAGUGAAAAUGGAGAGAAAAGUGAAAAAGGAGAGAAAAAUGAAAAAGGAGAGAAAAGCGAAAAAGGAGCGAAAAGCGAGAAAAAUGACACUAGAAAUGGAGAAAGUGUGAAAAAACAAUUGGAGUCUUCAGAGAAAGCACACACAAAUACUACUAUUCUACAAGGUACAAAUAAGGAACACAAAAAUAAUGUUUCCCAUAGUAGUACAAAAGAACUCUCACCAAGUGGAGCAGAAAUAGGAGAGGGUCAGGAGGAAAACGCACUAAAUUGGUUAAAAGAAAUUUCCAAAAAAACAGAAAACUGCGAUGACUCGGAUAAUAAAAAAAAAAAUCUGUUCGAGGAGGACGAGAUAAAUGUAGAUAGCGACGAAUUAGUGAAUGAAAAAGAAAAAAAAAACGUAGGUAAUGACUUUGAGGAUGACUAUUGUGAAAAUAUGAACACUGGGAAAAUUAUCAUAUUUAACAUGCCACCUGUAAACGAACAAGAAGUAAAAAGUCUAUGUGAACGGUUUGGUCCUGUUAUUGAUGUUAAGGUCUUUAAGACUAUAAGAAAAGGAACAGUGAACAUAAAUUUUAAUGAGAAAAAAAACAAUAAAUCGAAUGAUGAAUUUUUUAUAAAAUUAUUGAAAGAAAAUCAUGAUUCCUUUGUAGGCGAAAAAGAGAGAGAAAAACCGUCAAAAAAAAAGAACAAAAAAAAAAAUAUGAAUGACUUUCAUAACACCUUAGUGGAAAAAGAAGACAGAGUAAUAAGAGAAAGAGAGAUUGAUGAUGAAAAUAAUAAAAAGAGCAGUUCUAUGAAGUCUGACAAACAAAUAAAUGGAAUUAUAAACAGCGACCUUACAAAUGUAAAAGUAUACGCCUUCGUCAACUUUAUGUUUCCUAGUGCUUGUGAAAAAGCAAAGGAAAAUUUAAAUAAUGUCAUUUUUAGAGGAAAGAUUUUAAGCGUUAAAUAUGCAAAAGAAAAAUUAGGAUAUUAUGAAAAUGCAGAAAAAAGUAAGAAUAAUAUAUUCAUUAAAUUGUCUCAUGAUUCUAAGACGUCAUAUAAAAAAAUACUGGAAAUUCAAAAAAAGAGAAAUUGCCAAAAUGAAAAUAUAUGGAAUAUUCUAUACACAGAUAUAAAUUCCAGUAUUCACAAUUUCUGUAAAGAAAAUAAAUGUAGCCCCCACUCCAUAUUAAACAUAAAAGACAGAAAUAUAGCGGUCAAUGUAUCCCUUACAGAGACAUAUAUAAUUAACAAAAUGAAAGAAUGGAUAAAGAAGGAAGGAAUUUAUUUGGAAGCAUUUGAGCACAUAUAUAAAAAAAAGGAUGAAGAUAAUGAGGAGAACUAUGACUCCAAUGUGAAAAUCAAAGAGGAGGGGAUAGCCAAAGGGAAUAAAUCCAAAAUAGAUGGAGAAGAAAAGAAUACCCAAGAGGAACCAAAUAUGAAAAACAAAGUUGUUAAAUAUAAACGGAGCGACGAUACCAUAAUAAUAAAAAAUUUAUCCAUUCACACAAAUAAGAAUGAUAUAAUUAACCUUUUCAAAAGGUAUGGAGUUUUGAGUAAGAUAAGCUUUUCCCCGUAUAAUAAUAUAGCCAUAAUGCAAUAUGAAAAUUCCGAAAAUGCAAAGAAGGCUUUUAUAUCGAAUUCAUACAUAAGAUAUAAAAAAUUACCAUUGUAUUUAGAAUGGGCUCCAAUAAAUUUAUUUGAAAAGAAGAUCGAACAAAUUAAUGACAAUAAGGAUAAUAAAAAUGAUGAGGAGAAAUCGACACAAGAUGCCACUUUAUCCAGCAAAGUAGAAAAAAAAAAUAGUGAAAAUGAAGUAAUCCCAAAGGAGGAAAUGCAUCAAAGUGAAAGCGAAUCAAGUGAUGAGGAAAUUACACACACUAGCAUAUAUAUAAAAAACGUGAACUUUAAUACCAAAGAAGAAGACUUAAAAAAAGUGUUUGAAAAUUUGGAAGGAUUUAUAACUUGCAAUAUUGUAAAAAGCAAAAAAGUUAUAUCUCAAAAUGAUCACGAAAAGAACAAAGGAUCCGAACAAAAACAUAUUUCUUUAGGAUAUGGUUUUGCUGAAUUUAAAAACAAAGAAUUAGCCAUUGAAGCUAUUAAGAAAUUGGCAGGAACUACACUGGAUGAUCAUGUUUUGGAGAUGAGUCUUUCUCGCAAUAGAAUUAAAAAAAAAAUAAACAAAAAUAAGGAAGAAAAAGAAAUUGUUAAAGAAAAAAAAAAAAUUACCAAAAAAUUACUUGUAAAAAAUUUAGCCUUUCAGGUUACAAAAGAAGAGUUAAGAAAAUUAUUUUCUGCAUUUGGAAAUGUUAAAAGUGUUAGAAUUCCCAAAAAUGCUUACAACAGAAGUAGGGGAUAUGGAUUUGUAGAGUUUAUGUCAAAAAAUGAAUGCAUCACAGCUAUAGAUUCCUUGCAACAUACCCAUUUGUAUGGAAGACAUCUUAUCAUAGAUUUUGCAGAUGAUUUUAUUUUUGAAAAGAAUGUGGAUGAAUUUGAUAAAUUAAAAGAUGGGCAAAACAAUAACCAAGGAAAUAAAAUAAAAAAUUGCAUCACAUCAGAACAAGCCAAAAGAAAAUCUUUAUAUGAAAAGGAAAAAGGGAAUGAAAUAUCGGAAUCCAAAAAAAGGAAACUUUUGAAUAAUAUAGAAAAUAUUUGA